AAAUGACAUUAAUGGAGCUGACGGGACUGGAUUCGGAGGAGAAGGGACGAUGGCUUUAACCUUUUAUGCUACAAAGCCCUAGCGAUUGCCAUAAAAAACACGCUCUCUCUCUUGAAGUUGGUGUCUCUCAGUGACAGCCAUUUCCCGCCAAGUUUUAAGCUUCAUUGACUAGUCACUACUCUCCGAGUCUACUUUAACAUCCAUGGAAUCCGAACCAGACCUUCCCAAAAGUCCGUCCACCAGGCACAAAUGCUCUGCAUGCUACAAGCAAUAUAAGAAAAAGGAACAUUUAGUUGAGCACAUGAAGUGCUCAUUCCACUCUGUCCAUCAACCUAGAUGUGGAGUGUGUAAAAAACACUGCAAGUCUUUUGAAUCACUCAGGGAACAUCUCACCGGUCCAUUGCCAAAGUCAAUGUGUUCAACAAUUUUCUCCGAACGGGGUUGCAAUCUAUGCUUGGAAAUCUUUGAUAAUCUCCUUUCUCUCAACAACCAUAAGAAACUUUGUGGCCUAUCCGCACCUGUUCCUUUAGGAACGACUAAAAAGUCAUUCGCAGAAUCUCAGAUUGAGAUUUCAAACUCCAAUGAGGUCAACCUGGUUGAAAGGGGUUCUAAAGCGGUAGCGUUAGAUUGUGAAAUGGUAGGAGGUGGAGAUGAUGGAACACUAGACGUCUGUGCUAGAGUCUGCCUCAUUGACGAAGAUGAGAGUUUGCUGUUUCAUGCUUACGUGCAGCCUCUAAUUUCUGUCACUAAUUACAGAUAUGAAGUAACUGGGUUAGCAGAAGAGCAUCUGAGUAAUGCCAUGCCACUAAAAGAAGUGCAAGAAAAGAUUUCACAAAUUUUGUACAAUGGAGAGUCUAUUGGGAGAGCUCGGUUGGAUGGUGGUAAAGCCAGGCUUCUCGUGGGACAUAGUAUAGAGCACGAUUUGGAUUGCUUGAGAAUGAAUUAUCCUGAUCACUUGCUUAGGGAUACUGCAAACUAUCGGCCAUUGAUGAAAACAAACCUGGUUAGCCACUCUCUUAAGUACCUCACCCGAACAUAUCUAGGGUAUGAUAUUCAAUCUGGCACACACGAUCCAUAUGAAGAUUGCGUGUCUGUAAUGAGACUUUACAAAAGAAUGCGUGAUCUAAAGCAUCUAGAAAGCAUCGAGGCAUCAUUUGCCACUCAUCGUACCAAAAGCCUCACCGUUGAUCUGAGCUCAUGGACCAAAGAACUGGAGAAGAUGACACCAGAUGAGCUUUAUCAAAUGUCGACGUCAAACUACAAGUGCUGGUGCCUAGAUCAAAGGCAGAAUGCAAAUACCAACUGAACUCUUACUCCUUCCAUGGGAAGAUAUAUGAUGAACUCUUGAGGUUUGUUACUCAAGUUUUGUUUUGGUUCAGAUUAAAUAUAUAGGGAUACUACUGAUCUUGUAAUGCCGGUGCCUUUUAUUUUACUUUUUUGUCUCUUACUAGGGAAUCAUAUUGUAAAGUGUAUAGAAUUUCUAAUCCUUUCUAUAAGUUCGAAGUCCAUUAACCA